CGGCGAGGAGCUGCUGCUGGUGCCGUGGCCGCUGGUCGUGUCGCGCGACGCGGCCGCGGACCCGCGCGUGGCGCGGCUGCAGGUGGAGGGCGGGGCGGGCGGCGGCAGCGGCUCGCUGGCGACGCGGCUGUGGCUGGCGCUGCACGCCGUGGAUGCGUCGUCGCCCUGGGCGGAGAGUGGCUGGCGGCGGUGCCGAGGGAUUCAGCAGCCGGGUCCCCGGCGCUGCCCCUGGCGUGGGUCGAGCGCCGGGGGCGGCCAAGAGGGGGGCAUGGGGCUCUGUGCCUGCGCACGGCGGCUCCGCGAGCAGCUGCUGUCGGAGUGGAGCUCCCUGGACGACAGGCUGAUCGGGGCGCCGCUGCACGGGGAGGUCGACUGGGCGCUCUGGCUGUGGGCGCAGGCGGUGGUGUCCACUCGCUCGAGCACCCUCGCCCUCGCGGGCGGGCGCGAGCUGGAGUGCAUCAUUCCGGUCGUGGACUUCGCGAACCACAGCAGCGAUCCGUGUGCCCGCGUCGUCGGCUCCGAGGACGGCGCGCAGCUGGUGGCGCUGCGGCACAUCCAGCCUGGCAGGAGAUCUGCAUCUCCUACGGGGACCACUGCGCCGACCAGUUCGCCUUCGCGUUCGGCUUCGUACCCGAUGACGCGCCGCUGGACAGCGUCCUCGGACACCCAGCGGCUAAGUUUUUUCCAGACACGGGCCCAUAGACUUCUCGACCCCCUGUCCUCGAGCCGGCUUCUUUCAUCCACUCGAAGGGCGAAAUGAAGCAAGCAUUCUUAUUCCCCAAACAUUG